GGCCGCCUGGAACUCCUUUUAUUUUGAAACCGCUCCUCAAAGUCUAGCCAAAAAACGACGAGUUUCAAGAACCCAAUUUCCCCUGCCCCCCCCCCCCCCCCCUUUUGGUCCGUAUCGGUGGGGGUUGAGGGGGUAUCACUAUACGUCAAAGGUCGGGGGGCGGCUCGCCUAUAAAGUGCACUCGCGCACGUGAGCCAGGCAGAUGACGAAAAGUCGCUCUAGUUUUGCGGGGGGUCAUGACUCGCGACGUGGACGCGCUGCUGUGCGCGUUCAUUCUGACGAUGCUGGCGUGCGCGUGCGGCGGCGGGGAGGCGCGUGUCCGACUCAACUCUAUCCGGACGGUGGUUGUGCACCAGGGACCCGAGGCCUCGUUCAACCGGAGCGCGUGGGAGCUGACGCUCCGCCAGUGCAUCAGCGACCUGGAGUGCAACGAGGGGAGCUACUGCCACGCCCCCUACCGAAGCUCCGCCCACUCGCGCUGCCGCACCUGCAGGAGGAGGAAGAAGCGUUGCCAUAGAGAUGGCAUGUGUUGCCCCGGCAACUUCUGCAGCAACAGUGUGUGCGUUCGCAAAGCGACGGCGUCCCAGCAGAUGGCCCUGCAGCACGUCGCGCCCUCCCCCAAGGCAAAAUGGAGCAAGCGGGACAAGAUGGAGCUCAGAGGCCAAGUGGGCGACCCUUGUCUGACCUCCGCCGACUGUUGGGACGAGCUGUGCUGCGCUCGCCACUUGUGGACACGCAUCUGCAAGCCCGUCUUACAGGAGGGGCAAGUUUGCUCGGCCCGGCGCAGGAAGCGGCGGCAGGGAGGCCUGGAGCUUUUCCAGCGUUGUCCCUGCGCCCAAGGGCUCGCCUGCCGGGCGCCGCCGCCGGCCGCCGGCCCGCCCUCGUCGCCCCUCAUGGCCGCGGCUAAGUCCAAGUUGGCGGCUUACUCCCGCCGCCCUCGACCUCACGCGGUCAAGGCAAGACUUCACGAGUGUCGGAGGAAGUGAAGGUUGGCUGGGGGGCGGGGCAGUAUCGCCAUGCUUUGCCAUUUGAAUGAAUAUUCUGCACAUG